ACGAAAUUAUUUGUGAAAAAAAUUUGUUUCUUAAUCUUUCAUUGUUAUCAAUAUAAUAUUGUAUUAAUAAAUCGCUACCGAGCGAUUUUUUUAUUUUCCAUAAAUAUUUUUUUCUUCGUUCGUUUUUAAUCGUGUUAAAGUUAUCGACGUUGGAUUUUUUGUUUCUCUCUAUUCAUCUUUAUCUUUCUUAUUUGUUCCUUAACAUCGUGUACUCUCUUCAUAAACGAGAGAAGGAUAGAGAGAAGUAGAAAGAGAGAGACACAGAGAGAGAGAGAGAGAGAAAGAGAGAGAGAGAGAUAGAUAGAGAGCAAGGACUUACAUAUACGUACCUACAUGUUACAUACACGUGUAGUGUCCGUUAAUUCGGUUAUCAUCGAUCGUCUUUGGCGAGAGGAUAAACGUGCCCAAGUGUCGGGCUUCUCGCGAAUUGCAAACGUGUGCUACGCGAUUACACAGUGACAAUGUUCUUUAACAAUCGUCAGACUCGAACGUCAGAGCAAAUGAUAUAUCAUCGUCAUUUAUAAAUUCUCUUUCUCUUUUUCUCUCUAUAAUAAUUUCCGUAUGAAAUUAUAUUUUCUUGAUAUAAAAAAGAAAAAAAAAAAAGAAAAGAGAAAAAAGAAAGAAGCAAUAAAAGAAAGAAGGAUAAAAAAGAUAUAAAAUAAAAAUUAGUAUCCAACUUGUCAACGAACGCGUGUCGUUAAUUGAUCAUUUUUCAAAAAGAGGGUUGAAAGUAUUCCCGGACGCAGCUGGCUUGACUUUUGAAUUCUUCAUUCUUGUCUGAAGACAAAGGAAAGUCGGUGUCACAUUCAUGUCAAUGGUGUUUCUUUUUGUGUGUCGUUACAACAACAACAACAACAACAACAACAACAACAACAACAACAACAACAACAACGAUAACAACGAUCGACCAUCAAUAAUAAUAAUAAUGUCGACAACGACGACGACGACGACGACGUGAUCACGUGCUAAACGAUCGUACGCGUGUGCCUCUGUGUGUGUGUAGUGUGUCAUAAAUGUUUCAUAGACACCCCUCGUGGUGCGGAUAAUAUCACGAUAUAUACUUCGUUCGGAGAAUCGGAGAAUCAAAGCUGGAUCUCGAGGAUCUCGACGAUAUGUUCCCGGAAAUCCAGCAACUGCCGUGAAAAAGUGAGCCACGUGAUAUAAAGAGUAACAACGGCUGGGAAAAUGGCAGACAGACCGAAAAGUCGAUACCUGACUUUCAGCAUACUUCAUAUCAUCACGUUAAUGUGCCAAGCGCUAUCAGAGCCGCCGAUGUUUGCCGAACCAAUACCAAACGUCACCGUAGCACUUGGAAGGGAUGUCAGUCUACCUUGCGUUGUCGAAAACCUCGGUACAUACAAGGUCGCAUGGGUCCACGUCGGUAGACAAAUGCUAUUGACGAUUCACAAGCACGUUGUCGUAAAAAUACCAAGGUUCUCCGUGUCGCACGACAAUCAAAAAACGUGGCUAUUGCACAUCAAUGGAGUGCAACAGGACGAUAGAGGAUACUACAUGUGCCAAGUGAAUACUAAUCCUAUGAUGAGUCAAGUAGGAUUUCUACAAGUCGUUGUUCCACCAAACAUAUUGGACUCUUUAUCAACGGAGAGUACGGUCGCCGUACGAGAACAUCAGAACAUCACGUUGACGUGUAAAGCAGACGGAUAUCCAAUGCCAAAAUUAAUGUGGAAACGUGAAGACGGUCAAGGAAUAAACAUCAAUCGGCACAAAAAAGUACCCAAGUAUGAUGGCGAGCAAUUAAAUUUGACGAGGAUUACACGCAAUGAAAUGGGAUCAUAUCUAUGUAUCGCAACCAAUGGCGUCCCACCAACGGUUAGCAAAAGGAUCACUGUUGAUGUUGAAUUCUCACCAAUGAUCUUCGUACCAAAUCAAUUGGUCGGAGCACCAGCUGGUACCAACGUGACGAUCGAUUGUCACACCGAAGCCUAUCCUCGUGCAAUGAGCUAUUGGUUCCUAGGGGAUGAAAUGAUACUCACGAAUGAGAAAUACACAACUAGUAUAAUGGAAAAUAGCUACAGGGCUUAUAUGAAAUUGCACAUAAGGAAUCUUCAAGCUGGUGACUUUGGAAAUUAUCGAUGCAUCAGUAAAAAUUCAUUGGGCGAGACAGAAGGUUCUAUAAGACUCUAUGAAAUCCCAAAACCUUCGGCGCCACCCAAGGCAACGGAAAUCAAGAGCAGCGCCAACAAAGAAGGACGAGCGAGCACACCUCCACCAGCAAAAAGGCCGACCACCGUGUGGCCAUCCUCUUACAACCCGUAUUCUCCGAAAAGGACGGAAAGACCAUCGCCACCGAGCGAAGAGAGGGUCGACAGGCCUGAACAGAAACUACGUGGUGGUUACAGUACAGGAAGUGCAUACAUCAUCAGAUGGAGUGCACCGCAGUUGAUGAUCGUUGCGGUACAAUACAUACUCACUGGACCAUACAUGCCACCGUACGUACCACAAACGGCGAAUUAAGAACUAAUAAUACAUCUUCGAUCGGGAGAAGAGAAACGUACAGAGGGAAUGAAAAUGAAGAGGAGAAGUAAAAGGAGGAGGAGGAGGAGGAGGAGGAGGAGAUGGAGGAUGAAAAGGGAGAAUUGGAGGAAGGAAGGAAGGAAGGGACCGAUUUCCGUAGCCGAAUUAGUUCGUUACCCAAACGCAAUUCGGCAAUGCUCAAAUCGAUCGGCAAUUCAAUUUCGAAUCGGUGAACUUUAAACAUUAAGUCGAUUAAACAUCGAAUUACCUGUAAUUCGCGAAUUGACCCACGAGUUUGAUUACAACCAUCCAGGAACAGUGGUGGCCGAAUUACCACAAAACGAUAAUUAUGUAUGAAAGCGCGUCCGUACUUCCUGAUUACAUUGGCUUGUUAUACCUACACCGAGGCUAUAGUAUAGCAUACUACGCAUUCGUAUAAAUUGCAAGGUAAAUUAGAACGAAAUUAGUAGCUCGCGUUCCUCGCUAUCACACAGAUGCUAGAUUAUGAAACAAACCGAUAUCGAAAUGAUAUCGAAAAAUUUUUCCAAUCUAAAUCUAUAUAUAUAUCACUGCCAUGGGUAUUAUUGCCAUAGGCAUCCACUGCCAUGGGCAUCACUGCCAAUCAACAUUCCCUCUUUUUUUCUUUUUCCUUUUUUUUUUUUCUUUUUUCUUCAUUCAUCAAUUUCAUUGAUAACAUGAAUAAUAUUAAUUCUUGUUGAGAUUAAUUGUUCGUCCUUUUACGUCGUCCAUACGAGAAAUAAUUUGAUUCGAUGAGAAAUGUUCGCAAGAAAAAUCGAAAAUAAACAAAAACAGGAUAAAGAAAAGAAUAGAUAGGAGAAAGAAAUGAAAAAGAAAAAGAAUAAAAAAAAAAAAGAAAAGAAAAAAGAAAAAAGAAAAUUCAUUAUUUUAGGAAGUACGCAUCGAAAUCUAAUUGCGUUAGAAAUGGAUCAAUACGGGACGAUGAAUCCAAAAGGUUAAUUUGAAAUUUCCCUUGUUAUAUCUACAUAUAAUGUCGCCCCAGAGAUAUAUUAGUGGAAUAUUAAUCGGCAUCAUUAGUUGCACGACAAAUUGCUCUAUCGUCGGACCAACGAAAUGGGACAAGAACGCAACGAAUGGAUUUACGGUGAAGCUCUAUCCCGUCGAAAUAUAUAUAUACUUAUACAUACCUAUGUGUAUAUGUAUAUGUAUAUAUAUAUAUAUAUAUAUAUAUAUAUAUAUAUAUAACUUCAAAUAAACUCGGCGAUGUCGAAAAGCGUGUCAUCGAUCGAUUCGAAGCGAUUUUGCAAUGGUUUAAUGGGACGGUCGUGCUCACGUGACAUUUAUUAAACCACAUUUUGGGAUUGCAGACGUCCAUCGAACGUAAGCAUAACCGAGAGUCGUGGAACGUCGUAGAACUAGCUUUGAUGUGGGAACAGUGUGAUGUACAAAGCUCGAUUAAUUUUACCAAUUUAAUUGAAAUUCGAACGUUAGAUCUUCCAUUAAUAGAUCCGAUCAAGAUGACGUUUUAAGUCUUUAUCGUUCGAUUAAAGAACAAUGUUGCGUUUAUAUUUAUUAUAAUUUCUAUUAUAUAGUUACGAGAUUCCUUUCUUUCGUUGUCAUUGUUAUUGUUUCUCUUUUUGUUUCUUUUUUUUUCCUUGACUUUUUUUUCUUCGUAUACCUCAUUCCGUGAUACCAAUACAGUCAUAUUGGAUUUACGAUAAAACAACAAAUGACGUGCGAAAUCGUGUUAGAGUUGUAAAACGUUAUGUUGAAAAGGACAAUUUUGUUAACAACAAAAACGAGGAGACAAUGGGAACAAAACUUUCUCUUUUUCUUUUUUUCUAUUUUCUUGUUUGUCUGUUUCUUCGUUCUUUUUCCUUCUUUUUUCUUUCACGAAGCAGCAUAAUCUAUUUCGAUCUAACACGCGGGGAUUCUGUGGAUUAAAAAUCCAACAGGGCGGUGCUAACUAUCACAUAUUCUAAAACUGCACGGAAACGAAUCGGAAAAUCGCGCGUUUAUUUUUCUGUUUUUUUCUUCUUUUUCUUUUUUUCUUUUUUUAUUAUUAUUAUUAUCUUGACAUAGAUACUACGUGAAAUUUGUAUGCAAGCUUUCGCGAUAAUAUUCACUGGCGCGCGCAUGAAAUAUAUACGGACACACAUAUACACACACACACACAUACACACAAACACAAAUAUAUAUAUAUUCGAAAAAUAUGUUCAGUUGAAUGAAAAACUUUUUAUAUAUGUCGAUUUUCAUUGUACAUCGAGAAGCGAUAACGUAUCAUGGCGGCAAUCAAUGUGAAAAAAUUUUCCAAGUUCAAAAGUACGUGUAUUCUUGAUACUUUUUUUUCUGUUUCCUUUUUCGUUUUUCUUUCUCUCUCUCUCUCUCUCUCUCUCUCUCUCUCUCUCUCUCUCUCUCUCUCUCUCUCUCUCUCUCUCUCUCUUUCUCUUUCUCUCUCAGAAUCAUUCGAUGCAAAUUUAAACGAGAGGCAAUAGAAAACGAGAUCUUCGGGAAUAAAAGUAUUGAAAAGUAUCGUAGAAAAAUCGUUCCUAAUUUUCGAACGAUCUGUCGAAUGACUAAGAUUUUCUGUAAAGCAGCUUUCCUCACUUGCAAUUUUUGCUUCGCACGAAAACGUACUUGGAUAUUAUCGGCUAAGCCUAGCUUAACUCAAGCAAUUUCAUUUUAUCCGCAAUACAAUAUUAACAAUAGCAAUAGCAACAGUAAUAGAAGUAGCAACAAUAGGAGCAGCAACAGGAUCGAUCAUUCCUAAAUCUUAGAUCGUUAAAAUCUGUCCGUAUCAUUGAACGGUAUUAAAUAAAUACGAUGUUAAUAGAUAAACAAUGAAGAUAAACUAAAAUCAAGAGAAAACUGAUAAAGAGAUAGAUAAAUAUGAUAACGAAUGAUUAUAAAUAUCAUAACGAAAUAUUAGUCGGUAAUUAAUAAAAAAAAAAAAAAAAAAAAGAAAAAAAAGAAAAAAAAAGAAAACAAGAAUCAGGAGGAAAAAGGAAAAAAGAAAAGGAAAAGAAAGAGAGGAGAGAAGAAAAGCAAAACAUUAAAAUAUAACUUGACCGUCGUUCAAUAAAGUGAAACGUAGCAUAUAUUUAUAAUUUACAUGAGUUGACCUCGAUGUUGGAUCUUAAAAUUGCGAUGGAACAUCCAAGAGGGUUGUGUCUUCGACGUAAAAGAAGAGAGAGAGAUAGAGAGAGAAAGAGACAAAGAGACAGAGAGAAAAAGAGAGAGAGAAAGGGGAAAUGUGAUUAAUGCUAUGUCACGCGCGAACCUUCUCCGUAGUCGCGUAUAAUAUUCCGUGCUUGAACGAUAUCGCCUGGCCGGCACGUUCGCGAUAAAACGAAAGCGAAUAUUUAUUUCUACGAAUUCAAUUAUUUCCCUAUAGAGCAAGUAUAGCUAUCUGAAUGUGUUUUGUAUAUGUGUAUACAUACGUACAUACAUAUAUACAUACUAUAUAUAUGUAAGAGAGAGAAAAAGAGAGAGAGAGAGUGAGAGAGAGAGAGAGAGAGAGAGAGAGAGAGAGAGAGAGAGAUAAACGGAGUUAAAUCGACCAUCCCAGCUUUCCGGUUCGGUCCAGCCAACUGAGAGUUUAUUCUCGCACGGGCCACUUCGUCGUUUUCCAUUCGUGAAUCGAUAAAAAAGGGUGGGGAGUACAUAGUUAUCUGUGUGUUUCGUUAAAUUUAAAACCACCAUACUAUUUCUUUUCUUCUUCUCUUUCUUUCUAACAUAACUAGUUAUAGUACCUCUCUCUCUUUUUCUCUCUCAUUUUCUCUCUCUCUAAAUAUAUAUAUAUAUAUAUAUAUAUAUAUAUAUAUAUAUAUAUAUACAUAUAUAUGUUAUAUCAUAACAACUUUCCGUAAACGAAUUCCGCAAGAAAUUUUUAUCCUCCCCCUCUCCCUCGGCCCCCAGUUUGAGAAAAGCCACCUCUCUUUUAAUCCACCUUAGGCGAACGUUGAACACAACUUGAAAUUCUUCGUAGGAGUUUUUCUAUUUUUCUUUUUUUUUUUCUUUCUUUUUUUUUCUUUUCUUUUUUUUUCCUUGAAUCCACCUAAACCAACCGCCGUCUUAAAAAAAAAAAAACGAAAAAAGAAAAAGAGAAAAAAAAAAGGAAGCAUUCGGAGUUUCGGGUUUUCUUCUGCUUCGGCUGGUCAUGCAACGUUCUUAAGGAUAGAAAGAAAGAGAAGGAAACUGGUAUGAAAAGUUUCGAUCGCACAAAGAGGGCUUCGAUAAAGUAUCAUUCGGCCGGAAAGUCUCCGGCAGAAAGUUACCAAUCUAUGGGAGAGAUUGAAAAGUUCCCUUUUAUGUCGCCCGUCGAAAUACGAAACUUUCUGUAACACGUACAAUGUAUAUAUAUAUAUAUAGGAAUAUAUAUAUAUACAUGUAUGUAUGUACAUAUAUAUACAUAAUAGAAUAACACAGACACGUAAAGAACUACACGGAAACAAUGAAAGAAUCGCAAAGUUUACGAAUAAUGGGGGAAAAAUGAAAAAUCGGCCGAUCUUUUUUUUUGCAUCGACAUUUUUCAUUUUAUCGUUUAUUUCUUUUCUUUUUAUUCUUUUUUUUUUAUCCCUCCUCCCCUAUACCUCCCAAGUAAUUAUCCAUUUUAGAGAUUUUAUUGAAAAAAAAAGAAAAAAGGGAAAAGAGAGAAGGAAAAGAAAGAAACCCUUUUUAUCCAAUAGUACUUUUAAAACUGUUCGUAUUAAUGUUCUCGAUAAAUAAAACAUUAGAUACGAUAGAUUUCGUUCAGGUAAACAGCAUAUUAAUAGUCUUGAUUACAUGAUGACUCGCGGAAUACAAGUAUCGAUAUCCAAUCGAGUAUUCGAUCAAAAGUUUACACGAGGCCAACAUCAAAACCAAUUACGCGAACUACCUUUACGUUCAAGUACAUAAAUUAGUUAGUAACAAGUUUGUUGACCGUUCUCAACUUCGUAUACGAAAAAGCAAUUAAAAAAGUAUGAAAACAGUUUUGUCUUUUUCGCUUCUAUUCGGUAUCAUUUUGCAGAUUGAACGAACGUAAUCGAGAGAGAAACACGAACGCAAUUACAGAGAAACCACCUCUCUGACCUAUAAAUUGUUCGAUUCGAUAUGUACCAAUAGCUUAAAGGAGAAACAAAAUAUAGAUAUAUCUGUUUCGAAAAAAAAACAAAAACAAAAAAAGAAAAAAGAAAAAAAAAGGAAGAAAUAAAUAAAAGAAACGAAAGGAAAAAAGAAAACAAACAAAAAUCAAAAUAAAACGAAACAAGAUAGCCGAGUAACAAAAUCUACAUUUUAUUCUUCAUAUAUCUCGAUUAAAAUAAUUCCAAUGGAAAACAACGUUCGAACAACUAUAUCGAUCUAUAUCAGUUUUUUCCUUCUAUGACUUAACUUUUUCAAUUUGUAAAAUAUUUUCCUUUUUCGACUAUAGAAAAUUCAUCUCUAUCUACUACUAAUUUCUGUACUUUCGUAUAUUUGUACAUAUGUAUGUAUAUGUGUAUAUAUAUAUAUAUAUGUGUGUGUGUGUGUGUGUGUGUGUGUGUGUGUGUG